ACAUCACUUCCGUCGGAGUUUGGGGGAGAAAAAAAAAAACAAUCUGGGAAGGCUAAGGGUUGAGUCGAGCGGCAGCCGAGGAGUGGCGGGUGCUGACUCGGGACUCAGCCCCUGCGUCUACUGAGCGCCGUGAGGUCCCGCGCAUCUGCGACCAUGGAGAUGCCGGCUCGUCUAGGGGCCACCUGUUUGCUGGGCUUCAGUUUGCUGCUCCUCGUCACCUCUUCUGACGGCCACAUUGGGCUUGGAAAGGGUUUUGGAGAUCACAUUCAUUGGAGGACACUCGAGGACGGGAAGAGAGAAGCAGCUGCCAGUGGAUUGCCCCUGAUGGUGAUUAUCCAUAAGUCAUGGUGUGGAGCUUGCAAAGCUUUAAAGCCCAAAUUUGCAGAAUCUACAGAAAUUUCAGAACUCUCUCAUAAUUUUGUCAUGGUAAAUCUUGAGGAUGAAGAGGAACCCAAAGAUGAAGAUUUCAGCCCUGAUGGGGGUUAUAUUCCACGAAUCUUGUUCCUAGAUCCCAGUGGCAAGGUGCGUCCCGAGAUCAUCAAUGAAAGCGGAAACCCAAGUUACAAGUAUUUCUAUGUCAGUGCUGAGCAAGUUGUUCAGGGGAUGAAGGAAGCUCAGGAAAGGCUGACCGGUGAUGCUUUCAGAGAGAAACGUCUUGAAGAUGAGUUGUAACACGUGUGUAUAUAAAGCCCUUCUUCCAUUGAAGUGAACGUUUUGGAAAGAAGGCAGCAGGGAUGGGAGCAUUGAAGACUCAACCCAGAACAACGAAACCAACCAGAAAGCCUUGCUCCCAGUAUGGAAGGAUUCUGCCGAUUGAAGCUGGCCUCCACAGCGUGGCCAACUUCCUUCUGCUUCCUCUCACCCAAAUGUUGAUUUGUUGUUGAAUGUAAAAAAUGAAACCUUUUGACAGAAACCUUGAGCCACUUGGAAGUUCACUCUUCACACUGCAGUAUUUGUGUCCUUUACCAUUUCCUCCCACUAGACUCACCUUGAGGGUAAAUGGAGAUCAGUAAUGUCUUUUCUAUGAUGUAAAAAUUGCAGAAACAGGUUCUCAAUUUUUGUAAACAAAGUGAUAAAUAUUUAGUGCAGAUCAUUAAUUCUAUGUCCUGCUGAGAAGACCAGCCUGAUGUUUCCCCCACUACCACCCUUUUUCUCCUGGAAUAACCUUGGGCUUUUUCCUGAAUCCCUGCAUUCCUUUUCCCCUUCUGCCCGGGCUGCCCUGAUGCACGCAUGUGCGUGUAGGAAUGGCUGUGUGCUUGGAGUCAGCCCUAGCUGGAAGCAUGCUUUCCCCUGUUACUGUUGGAGAAAUGCAAACCUUAAAGCCCUGGGUAGAGCCAUUUUUGUCAAGUCAUCAACUGUAUUUUUGUACUGGACUUAACAACAACAAAAAAAUAAAGUAUUAAUUAUUCCAUUAAACUUUAAUAAAACUUUAAGAGAA